AUGUCCGGCCUUCCUAUACCUGGAUUUGGACCUCCUAUCUGUUUCCAAUGUGGCACAGAUCAGAACCCUUGUCAUUGCAAAGUAAUAGGACCAACGCUAGGGUUUUUCUCAACCGUUGUUCUUGCCAUUGUUUGCUGGCCAGCCUCGCUAUUCUGUGGGUGCGGUAUGACAGAGACUGGAAAGAAAAUGUUGGGAGCUCCCGUACAACUGAGUGGGAAAAUUAAUAACGCUAUACCUAUAUGA